AUGGGUGAGAGUGAUCAUCAUUUUGUGGAGUGGAAAGAGCAUUUUGUGUCACAGGAGCGAGGGAACCGUGUUGUUAAUUACUUCCUCAAGGAUUCUGCGGGUGAAUCCAUCCUAGCUGUGGUUGGAACUGAGAGAAGUGUCAGGCACAUGUUCUAUGUUGUCUCUGAGGAGUUUGUGCGUAUUUAUGGAUCCGAGAAUUCGAUCCAUGCUGGCUUUAAAUGGAGGUCGAGAAGAGAGGUUGUUGAUUGGCUCACUUCGAUGCUGUCUAAACAAAGUACUCAAGGAAACUGGUCGAAGUCACCAAAAUGUGAAUCAGGGGAAUCUAAUGGAUCUCCUGAAUUUCCAAACAAUGGAUUUGCUGUUCAGCGAGCUCAAGCAACUGAAGAGGUCCGGCUUCCCAUAAACUUGAGGGUUCACAGUUGGGAGAUUAUGUGGUCAGGAACUUCCUGGAUGUGUGGGAAACAGCUCAAGCAUUACCCAUCCUUUUGUAGGAAUGGGACAACAAUAGAGGUUCAAUCUUUUGUCUUUGUCAUGAGCAAAGGGGAGGACCGGUACGUUGCAUAUCUGGAAGAUAUGUAUGAGGACAAGCGUGGCCUGAAAAAGGUCAAAGUGAGGUGGUUUCACUACACAAAAGAAGUGAAGGGUGCAGUUGCUCUCAAAAACCCAAACCCAAAAGAGGUUUUCAUCACCCCUCACUCACAGGUCAUCAGUGCUGAAUGCGUUGAUGGUCCUGCCACUGUCUUGACCCGUGAGCAUUACGAGGAGUGUGUUGCUUCCUUUCCUAAUUCUUUACUGGCAAAGGUACACAUGUGCUAUCGGCAACUCAGGAACAACAAAGUUAAACCUUUUAACUUGAGUAAACUGCGUGGAUAUUUGGACCAACCGAUUAUGUCUUGCUUAAGUUCUAUGGAGGCUGGUCCUGUAGACUGUGCGAUCAAUAAAGAGGAAGAUGACGAAUUGAGUGAGGGUGAGAAUGUAGUGGUUGGUGCUGAGAGGAGCAAGAGAAAACAUUCAGGAAUAACGUCUGAACAUUUGUGGACAAUUUAUGAAUCUUCAUGUAAGAGACUCAAACUUGAUGCCUCGGGCAAAAGAUUUCCUUCCUCAACGGAUGUUCAGAAACAUACUUAUGACAAUGGAGUGAUUAAGGCUGAUGCAAAAAUAGAGUUUCUGUGUCAAGAUAGUGGUAUUAGAGGCUGCUGGUUUAGAUGCACUGUCCUGGAAGUAUCAAGGAAACAGGUAAAACUCCAGUAUGAUGACAUAGAGGACGAGGAUGGAUUUGGAAACGUCGAGGAAUGGGUGCCAGCUUUUAAAUCUGCUAUGCCUGAUAAGCUUGGUAUGAGAUCGUCUAACCGCCCCACAAUCCGGCCUGCUCCUCCUGAUGCCAGACCAGCAGACUAUGAUCCUACCAUCGGUGAAGCUGUUGACGCAUGGUGGAAUGAUGGUUGGUGGGAAGGUGUUGUGAUUGCCACUGAUAAACCGGACGCUAUGGACUUGCAAAUAUAUAUCCCUGGGGAGAACUUAUGCUUAACAGUGCACAGAAAGGAUAUUCGGAUUUCCAGAGACUGGGUGGGAGACAGCUGGGUUGAUAUCGAACCUAAACCGGAGAUACUCUCUCUUGUAUCUUCUGAUAUUAGCCCGGAAGCCAAGCUCUCCACGUCUUCAACUCUUGCAAAAGAUGCCAAGGCAGUGCACAUUCCAAUGCCAGAUAUUGUCGAGGCGGAUAAACCUGAAGGCGAUAAAGCGGAGAGUUCCCUUUUAGGAGAAGUGGACAAAGAGAAUAAAGAUGACGAAGUUGUUAAGAAGGAUGAUGAAAGCAGAGUUUCAAAAGAAGAGGAUAAAGAAGCUGGAAGUAACCAAAGCAACACCUAUGUCAACCAUGAAAAUGCCGUGCAGGACCACAAAGAAGGAGAAGAUGAUGUUACCGUUAAUGAUGAGAAGGCCCGCAAAACAGAAUCAGUCUUCACCCUAUCAAAAACUACUACCACGCUUGUGACAACGUAA